GAGGUGCAUUUAGACCUAGCUCUAGCCAAGGAGGUGGAGGAGAGGAACCGGGACGUGGAGAAGUUACAAGCGCUAGAGUGCCUCUUAACCAUCUUGCAGGCGCAUGUAGGGGUUGUUGAGAUUCCACCAGCCUCGCACUCUCAAUUCCCGGGAGCCGUUUCUGUUUCUGGUUCUGCUGCUGCUUCGGCGGCUGCUGCGUCGGGUGGUGCUGGUUCAGGCACAGAGCGCAGUGCGAUGGGUGGUGGGGGUAGUUUUAACAGUAGAAGCCUGGCGGCGCUUCUGGGCGGCGGAGCAAGGGGGGAAGCAGGCGGGAAAGAGGAGGGAGUAGGUAGAGGGGAAGCAGGGGAGAAUGCUGGCGCAGGGGCAGAGGAGGGAGCUGCUGUUGCGGCCGUUCGUGCCGGCCCAGGCAUCAUCAGAGAGCGAGGGAGAAUGAGCAGCAGGGAGCGUUUCCUGGGAGCCAGUGGGCCUGUGCUGCCUAAGCUAGCCUUGCAGGUGCAGCGCGAAAUGGCUAGCGAAGUGAAGCCGGAGCUGCGCUGCGCGUUGACAGGGUUACCGCUGCAGCAGCCGGUGGUGCUGGUGGAGAGUGGGGUGGUGUUUGAGCGCGUGGCGAUCGAGGCGUAUAUUGCGUGCGUGCGGGCGACUGGGGGCGGGAGAGAGGGGUUGAGUAGCAGGGGUGGGAGGGAGAAGGAGACGGGAGGUGGUGGAGGAGGGGAAGAUGCAGGAAUUUCCGCUGCUGCUGCUGCUGCUGCUGCUGCUGCCGCUGCUGGUGUUGGGGGUGCAGGUGGUGAUGGGGAUGUUGCAGCAUCAGCCGCAGCAGGAGGAGGAGGUGGGGUUGGGGGGGGUGCGGAACGCAGGCUAGUGUCUGUGAGGAGUGGGGACUGGAGGAGGGGCAUGGGGAGGAGCAUGGGGAGGAGCAGAAGUGUGACAACACCAGACAGCGCCAAAGCAGGGUCACGAGCAGCAAAAGGAGCAGCAGCGGCAGCAGCAGCAGCGGUGGCGGCAGCAGCGGCAGCAGUGGCAGGAGUGGGAGGGGCAGGGGCGGGGGAAGCGGGGGUGGCUGGGGAUAGCAGCGCUGGUGGAGCGGCGGCGGCUGUGGCGGCGGCGGCGGCGGCAGCGGCAGCAGCAGGGCCAGUGGCUCAGUGCCCUGUGUCUCACAAGCAGAUUCAGCGGUGGGACUUGGCAGCGGCGCAUUGGCUGAGAGCGGAUAUUCAGGCGCACCAGAAGAAAGUGGAGGCUGCUACCAUCGACCGUGCUAUUGAGGUCAUGAGGCGACAUGUUGACGCGACUGAUGCUGCUGCUGCCGCCGCCGCCGCUGCUGCUGCUGCUGCUGCUGCUGCCAAGGCUGCUGGUGCUCCCCCUGCUGGCGCCAAGGCUGCUGGUGCCGCUACUGCUGCUGUUGCUGGUGCUGGUGCUGCAGCCUCUGUAGCAGCAGUGGAGGUGGAUGGGGAGAGUGAAGCAGGGAGGGAAAAUGAAAGGGAGGAGGAAUCAGCAGGUGCAGGUACAAGCGCAGCAGCAGGGGAAGAAGCAGCAGCGGCCGCGGAGGUCACUGUAGGGGAAGAAGCCAAAGCGGAAAGGGUGGCUUCAGGGGCCGGGGCAGAUGCUGCUUCAGCUACGAGCCAACCCAGUGAUGCUGCUGAGAGCAAGAGCGAGAGCAGAGACGACAGCAAGGGCGAAAUCAAGGGCGAGAGCAAGGGCGAGAGUGAGGGCGAAAGCAGGGACGGCAGGGAGGGGAAGGGAGGGGAGGAGCGGGUGGAACAAGCAGAAGAGGAAGGGGUGCAUAAGGAGGGCAAAACAGGAGAGGCUGAGGCAGGGGCGGAGAGGGACGGGGAGGUGGAGGCGGAGGCGGAGGGGGAGGGGGAGGGAGAGGCGCAGGGGGAGGCUGUGGCGGUAGCAGUGGAGGCGGUUGAGGUGCUGACAAUGAGGGACGAGCAGCUGGGGCUCAGGCUGGUGGAGGGCGGCGGGGUGCCGCUGCUGAUUGCGCUGCUGGGUGCGGAGAAACGGGUGCACGUGCGCGAGCAUGUGCUCCUGUCGCUGCGGAAUCUGGCGUGCCUGGGAGGAGAUAUACAGGUGAGUGGAGAGAGGGGAUGUGCAGACAUGCUGAUAGAGCACGGGGUGCUGCCCCCGCUGGUGGCAGUGCUGGCGGAGAAUGCAGCAGACGCCAUAGUGGGCGUGCAGGUGCUGCACGAGCUCGCCUCCCCUCCUUUCCGUGACAUGCUGAUAGAGCACGGGGUGCUGGCUCCUCUAGUGGCAGUGCUGGCGGAGAAUGCAGCAGACGCGAUGGCGGGCGUGCAGGUGCUGCAUGAGCUCGCCACGGGGGAGACGCACCGCCACGCCAUCUCCGCUGCCCAGGGGGACCUCGAGCUCAUCCGCCUGCGCUCCCGGCACAAGGAGGCGGGCGACCAGGUGGGUGACGGGUGGGUGGAGAGGGGUGGAGAUGGGUGUGUGGGUGCAUGGUUGGGCAGGGAAAGGCGUCUCUGGUGGGUGAUUGCUGCCGCCAAGGCCGACCUCGAGCUCAUCUGCCUGCGCUCCCGGCACAAGGAGGCAGGCGACCAGGUGCGUGGCGGCCUACUCGACACGGUACUGUGGCUGUUAUGUCCGUCCCCUCAUCUCUCCUUCACCUUCUCUCCCCCACCCCACCCUCCCCAUUCCACUAUCCUCCCCAACCCACCCCUCUCCCUGUACCAGGAAGCAGAGGUGUUAGAACCGGCGCUGCGAGUGCUCUCUCUGUCUGUCCUUCUCAUCUCCCUUCCACCUCACUCGCACCCAUGCUCUCCCACCAACCAACCCCUUCCCCCCCCCCCACGCCCCUUCCAGGUGGCGGAGCUGUUAGACACAGUGCUGCGGCUGUUCUGGGAGGGCGAUCCGUCAGUGGCAGUGCACAUGGCGGCAGCAGGCCUCAUGGACCCUCUCGUCACGCUCAUUGCGCCCGGCAACGACAUGGACACAGUUCUGCUCAUGGCCGAUGCAGUCAUGUCCUGCGGCAUCACCAAGGUCUCCCGCAUUGCGCUCGUGCAAGCAGGCGUCCUCCCGCCGCUCAUCCACAUGCUCUCGCACGCGCCCCCCAACGCGCGCACCAUGGCCGCCCGAGCCAUAGAGCACCUCUCCCACACCGAAGCUAACCGCGUGGCCCUCGCCAAGGCUGGAGUCAUCCCCGCCCUCGUCCGCUGCCUCGGCCGAACCAUGCCGGGCGAGCUGCGCGGCGCGGCCCAAGCCACCCUCGCGAACCUAGCCAUGGACGACCAGGAUUUAGAGACUCUGGAUGAGGAGGGGACGGUUGUGCGGCUGCUUACUAUGCUCCGUGUCGGGCCUGCGACGAGUCGAGAAUACGCGGUGAAGACUCUAGAGUUUGUCACUCGAGACGAGGAGAAUCGGCACAUGAGAACAACUGUGCUGGAGGAUGAAGGGGCAGUGGGGGCGAUAGUGUCCGCGCUGAGCGAUGCCGUGCGGGCUACAGGCGGGGCUGUGAGCUCCACGCAUUUCACCGCGGGGGCUUUAAGAGCCAGCGCGCUGCUGCUGCUGCAGCACCUGGCGAAAGAGCCGAUGGCGGCGGCGGCAAUGGCGUCUGUACCGGAGGCAGUGCCGCUGCUAGGGCAGCUGCUGGUGCUGGCACUGCCGCAGGAUGAGCAUGAGGCUGUGGUGAUGGUUCUCGGGGCUAUGGCUGCGGAUAAGGGGAUGAGAUGGCGCGUGCGGAAGCUGCGGCAUUUGCUGCUGUGUAUGAGGAGGUUGCUUCCCGGGGCUGAUGCAGCCAUUGCUGCUGCUGCCGCUGCUGCGAAAUCAGCAGCGGCGGGAGGAGGUGGAGGAGCAAGCGGAGGAGCAGCAGGGCUGCUUCAGCAGCAGCAGCAGGUGGGAGCGGGUGACGGGGCUGCUGCUGCUGGAGUGGCAGGUACGGGGCGGCUUGUGGGACGGGUGUUUGGUGGGGGAAGGAAGGGGGGUAGUGGUGGCGGGUCGUCUCUGUUAGGGUCGUCCCUCCUGAGUGGAGGUGUGAAGAAAGGAGGCCGAUCCGGUCUUGGUCUGAACAAAAGCAAAGGGGCGGGUGGUGGUGGUGCAGGUGGUGGCAGUGGCAGUGGCAGUAGAGAUGGCAAGGGGGGAUCGGAUGGUGGCUCUGCUGCUGCUUCUCAGGCUGCUGCUGCUGCUGGUGCUGCUGCUUCUGGUGCUGGUGCUGGUUCUGGUGCUGGUGCUGCUGGUGGUGCUGCCGGUGCGGCUGGUGUCGGGGCCAACUCGCUCCUCCUCCUCUCCUCCUCCGCCCGCCCCGCCUCCUCCAUAGCCGUGCAAGAAGCCGUCCUACGUGGCGUCGCGGCAUUGGCCGACCCCGAUGACCCGACAAUGCAGCAAGAGGUGGCACGGCUGGGCUUCCUCCCUCUCGCCGUGCAUCACCUGAGGGUCGGUCCCGACGCUCUCCGUAUCCCCGCUGCCCGCUUGCUGGAAAACCUCUCUCUUUCCUCCCCACGCCUCUCCCGCCUCCGUGCCCUGGCCCACUCCUCCCCUGCCGCCGCCGCCGCUGCCGCUGGUGCUGCUGCUGGGCCUGGGCUUGGGCAUGGGGUUGGUGCUGGUAACGGAGCAGCAGGAGUGGGAAGAGCUGGAGCUGCUGCUGCUGCUGGAGGGGGCUUUGGGCAGGGGCUGGUGGCGCCUGGUUUGGCAGGGUUUGGGAUGACGGGUCAGGCUAGUCAGCAGCACUGUUACUCAGGGCCGCUGAGCUCCUGGCAGGAAGCAGAAUCACCCGUGGGUGAUGCUGGUGCUGGGGGUGGGGGUGGGGGUGGGGGUGGGGGUGGGGGUGGGGGUUGGGGUGGAAGGGAGGGGAAGGAUGUGGGAGUGGUAAAGGGAGUGGGUACAGGUGUUGCCAGGGGGAACCUGAGAGGGGAGGCUGGUGCUGCAAGGGAGUCGGUGCCUAGCUGUGCUGGUAGUGAUCCGCAAGUGGGGGCAGCUGCUGCUGCUGUUGCUAUUAAAGCUGUGAACUGGCAGGGAGAAGGGGGAGAAGGUGGUCGAGAGGAGCCAGGAGCAGGAGGAGGAGGAGGAGGAGGAGGAGGAGGAGGAGGAGGAGGAGGAGGAGGAGGAGGAGGAGGAGGAGGAGGAGGAGGAGGAGGAGGAGGAGGAGGAGGAGGAGGAGGAGGAGGAGGAGGAGGAGGAGGAGGAGGAGGAGGAGGAGGAGGAGGAGGAGGAGGAGGAGGAGGAGGAGGAGGAGGAGGAGGAGGAGGAGGAGGAGGAGGAGGAGGAGGAGGAGGAGGAGGAGGAGGAGGAGGAGGAGGAGGAGGAGGAGGAGGAGAAGCAGAAGGAGGAGAUAAACGGGUGGGUGGGGAAGGGGUUAGCUUGAGGCAAGAGCUUGAGAACAGUGACAUGCAACAACAAAAAGAAGCUCAGCAGCAGCAGCAGCAGCAGCAGCAGCAGCAGCAGAGCACGAGUGGGGCGAAUCCAGAAGGCUCAAACACAGCCUGGAACUUCCUGGAUGAGCAAGAGAGUACAACCCCUGCAGAGCCGCAGCAAGCUGACGACAGCAAAAGAGCAGGCUCGAUACUCGAUAACACGCCCAACGCUCCGAGCGAUAGCGGUGGCGUGGGUGGCGUGGGUGGUGUGAGUGGCGUGAGUGGGGGGAAAGGGGUGAGGGCGCGGAGAGGAGGGCCUGCACUGAACCUGCAAGUGGGUCAGCAUUCCGCAGCAGCGCUGCUCUCCCCCCGCGUCUUCUUCCCCUUCCACACAGCCCUCUCCCCCCGCCAGUCCCCCUCCCCAACCUCCGCGGCGGCACAGCAGAGGGGCACAAAGGCUGGGGGAGCAGGGUUUCAGAGCUCUAGUGGAACGGGUGCGGGUGGUGCAAGUGGUGGGGGUGGUGGUGGUGGGGCUAGUGCGGCAGGUGGUGCGGCUGGUGGUGGGGGUGGUGGUGGGGGUAAGCGGGGUCUCAUAUCGAGGCACAGGAAGAGCAACAGCGGCAGUGCGUUUGACCUGUUUGGGAGCGGCUCGCACAUGCGAGGCAGCAGCGACUCCAGCAGCAACGGCAGCUUGUUGUCAUCGGGUCCCAACCUCUCCGCCUCCUUCCACCAUGCAUCCCUCGACUUCGGCCACCACUCCCAACCACCCCACCCGCUCACUCACAUUCCCGACUUCAGCCUUACAGAAUCACCAGAUUCCGCCGACGCACCGGCGCUUCUAAGCCCGCUCCCUCCCACCGACCCCCACUCCUCCUCCUCUUCUCUCUCCACCCGCGGCCUUCUCUCACGCAACAUGCGUCUCCCGUCCCUCCUCGGCCUCCCCCAGCUCUACCGCUCCUGCAAGGUUCACGGCGGCAAGUGCUCCCUCCCCACCACCUUCUGCCUUCUCGACGACAACCUAAUUGACGUGCUCCUAGAGCUCGUCCGCCGCGCCACCACCAGCGUCGCAGAGGUCUCUCUCGCCGCCGUCGCGAGCCUUAUAGCCGACGACGCAUGCCACGAGCGCGCGGCCGAGUUUUUGGUGAAGCGGGAUGCGGUGGAGGUGGCGGCCACGAUGGUGGGGCGGUCGAAGGAGCUCACGCGCGUGGGCGUGUAUAUCCUCGAGAGGAUCUUCGCGUUUGGCAAGUUCCGCAAGCCCAAGUACUCCCAACCGGCGGUGGCGGCGCUGGGUCGGUUCAUGACGACGGCGUCUGGGCAGUCUAGAAAGACUGCUGCGGAGACGCUCAUGCGCCUAGGGAUCCUGCCUAAGGGGUCGCUUACUAUGGACUUGUGA